AUGGCGGAGCCUGCCCUUCUCCCCACCACCCAGAUGGAGAGGCUGGCCCCGGUGUUCCUGGCCUCGCCGUGUCCCCGGAUCCCACGGGCCCGCAUCGCCAGGUGGCCAGGGCGCUGUGCCCAGCGCUGGGCUGACCUGGGCUGCAGCUCUGGCCACACGCCAGGCCCAGUGAAUCCGCUUCCGCAGAAGAGCCCCCCGAGAGCACACCCUGCAGAAUGCCGCCACUCCCGGCUGUCCUCGGCGGAGAGCUUGUCCAUGGAUGGCUUCUGGAUGGAGGUGGAGCGGAUCCAACAGCGGGACGCGCUGAGAGAAGAGGAGGGCGGCGGGGGUGAAGACCGGCUGCAGGAGGAAGGAGAAGCCGAAUCCCAGUGGCUGCAGGACACAGGCCUGUCGGACCUCCUGGGUGGCCUGGGCUUGGACGGCCAUCACCAGGGACUCCUGUCUACCCUCACGCAGACCCAGGUGGCUGCCGUGUGCCGCCGGCUGGACAUCUACACCCGCUCGGCCCGCAGACGCCACAGGGCACCCAUCCGAGAUGUCAGGGACAUCUUUGGCGACUUCGGUUCAGGGGAAAUACCUUCAGAGAAUGGGGAUUCAGGGAUGCAAUGGACCCAGCUCAGUUCCGGGACACCUAGGUCUCCCCCAGUGGCAGGACCGGAGGGGCCGCAGGCCGGGAGGGAGGAAGCCUUCCACAUGGACUCCGCCUACUCGGAGCAGGCGGCCCUGCGCCUGCAGAGGGGCGGGCAGCGUCCCGGAGGCCCGGGCGCCUGGAGCAAGGGCUCCCUGCUGAAGUUUAGGAUCCCCAAAGGCAGGCUUGGCCUGACGAAGGUGGGAGACCUGUCCUCGCAGGACAUGAAGAAGAUCUCCGCUCUGGCCCUCAUCGAGCUGACUGCGCUCUGUGACGUCCUCGGCGUGGACCUGAAGAGGAGCAAGGCGGGCAAGCUGAAGGCAGCAGAAACUCGCCUGUUUGGUGUGCCCCUGGAGGCCCUGCUGGAAGCUGACCGCAAAGCCCUUCCCAGCACCCAGGUGCCGCUGGUACUUCAGGCUCUGCUGUCCUGUCUGGAGAAGAGAGGGCUGGACACAGAAGGCAUUCUCAGGGUGCCCGGAUCCCAGGCCAGGGUCAAGGGGCUGGAACAAAAGCUGGAGAGAGAUUUCUACACUGGCCUGUUUAGCUGGGACGAGGUUCGCCACAAUGACGCAUCUGAUUUGCUCAAAAGGUUUAUCCGGGAGCUUCCGGCGCCUCUGCUCACCGCUGAGUACCUCCCGGCCUUCACUGUGGUGCCCAACAUCCCCGACCCGAGGCAGCGCCUGCAGGCCCUGCACCUGCUCAUCCUCAUCCUCCCGGAAGCCAACAGGAAUGCCCUGAAGGUACUCCUGGAAUUCCUCAGGAAGGUGGUGGCCCGGGAACAGAGCAACAAGAUGACGCUGUGGAAUGUGUCCACGGUAAUGGCCCCCAAUCUCUUCCUGCACCGAGGGCAGCCCCCCAAACUCUCCAAGGGCAGGGAGAAGCAGCUGGCGGAGGGCGCAGCCGAGGUGGUGCAGAUGAUGGUGUUCUACCAGGACCUGCUCUGGACGGUCUCCUCUUUCUUGGUUGCCCAAGUGCGAAAACUGAAUGACAGCAGUGGCCGCCGCCCCCAGCUCUGCGACUGGUCGCUCAGGACCUGGCUGCGAAGGAUGCACGCAGACAGGGACAAGGCGGGGGGUGGCCCGGAGGCGACUCCCAAAGUGGCAAAGAUCCAGGUGGCCUGGCUCAUCAAAGACACCCUGGAGGUGCCCCUGACCCCCAGCACCACAGUGACUCAUGUCCUCAGGCAGUUCACAGGGCGCCUCAGCCCUGGUCUACAGGGUCAAGAGGGCAGUGAGGACAAGGACAACCUCCUCCCAUGCAGCCAGAUGAGGACAUCAGCCGACAUGGACCUGGUGCUCUACGAAGUUGGAGGGAACAUCAGUGAGCAUCGCCUGGACCCAGAUGCCUACCUCUUAGAUCUGUACCGCGCCAACCCUCACGGCGAGUGGGUCAUUAAAAAGAGCCCCACCUAAGCCCUGGGCUGUGAGGAGCAGCCCUGCACGGGUACAGCCAGCGUGGAAGCACAGCAGCUCCAGCUCUUCCUCCAAGGUGCCUUCUCUGCAGUGCCCCUUGGUCCGGUCCCGCGAAGGACUCCAGGCUGCGGCCGGCUCCUCCCCUGGCACCCUCGCCCCGUGCCCUGCGGGUCCCCCUCAGGAUGGCCCUACACCACGCUUGAUGUAUGACCACACCACUUGGGGGAUGAAGUUUUGUCCAAGAUUUCCAGCCCGGAGGAGAAUAAAAUAUGCAGCACCUCUGUCAAGAGGCAGUUAAUUUUUUUUUCCAGGAAAAAAAUUGCUUUCAAGCAGCCCUACAAUGAAUAGUGGGACAGACUUGGAGACAAGCCAGGACAGCUCUGUGGCCUCAGGCCAGCCCCUUGCCCUCCCUGAGCCCCCUUGGAAGAGGAGGAGGUUGGGCCUGGGGGUGGUGGCUAGCACUACAGCCAUAAACACCACCCCCAAGACCUGGAAAGAGGAAAAGCCUCCCUUCACAGCUCUCACGUGUUCAGUGUUGCUUUGUACAAUCUUGUCAUUUUGUAAUGUGAUAUUUAAAUUCUGUGUGAACAUUAAAGGCAUGAGAUAAAUGUC